GCCCAUGCUGAAAAAGAAGAAGACUACUGGGACUCUGUACUCUGGAGGGAUGGGACCAAGAUAAAUGUUUUUGGAACUGUUGGCUUAAAAACAGUAUGGUGUCGCAAAGGUGAGGAGUACAAAGAAAAAUGCAUGGUGCCUACAGUGAUAAAUGGUUGUGGCAGCAUCCUUUUCUGGGGCUGCAUGGAUGCUGCUGGCAUCGGGGAGCUGCAUUUCAUUGAUGGUAUCAUGAAUUCACAGAUGUACUGUUCUAUAUUGAAAGAGAAGUUUUCCAUCAUGACAAUAAUCCAAAACACACAUCUAAUGCCACUGUAACAUUUCUGA